CUCGGGCUUUGCCCAUCCCAUGCAUGUUUCGAAAAACGUUCCCGCGUAAAGGAAAAAAGUUACAAACAAAGAAGAAGAAAUCUGCGAGAGGAGCAUCCCAGCUCCGCCAUAACAGAGUGACCUCGUGGGAGCCUGGGGCAGCUUUAUGGGCACAGAAGGGGCACUGGCCAAUGGCGGACUCGCCCUGCCGACCUGGAACUGCCCUAACUGCAGGAAUCUGAUUGCUACACCUGUUCUUCUGUAAAGGCAACCAUCAGGCAGAGGGCGCGUCGAGGCUGGCCCCCACACCUACGGAAAGGGGCCCUUUAUCAGCCUUCUUCCCCCCGCGGACUUCUCAUGGGUCCUCUGGAUCGAAAACUCUUUGCACUUUCCAUUUAUGGCUCGCAAAAUCCCCCCUGAUACCACCAACUUUGUCACAGUUCCCAUGCGUCCAUGAGGCACGUGGCCACCUGAUCCUGUUACCAACGAUGAUCGAUGGCAGACCUGGAAUAACCGAUACAAGUUUCAACCACGCAACACCUCGAAUAUGGUCGGCGUUCCCGGAAAGUACAAGGGCUGCAACACCUGCAGACUUCGCAGAGUCAAGUGCGAUAACGAGCGCCCGUUCUGCAGAAAAUGUAUCGACAGCGGCAGGAAGUGUGAGGGAUAUGAGCGAGAACGGAUCUUCAUCAUCGGGACUCCUGAGCAGGGCGGGCGGUGCUCAUCGCACCCUCGUCGGACUGUGCCCAGCAGGAACUCGAAGAAGUCAACUACACCCUCCAGGUCGGAUAGCUCCUCCAGGUCAGAGGAGCCCGAGAGGGUUGAGCAUGAGGAGGCGAGCCACAGCGAGAAGCUAGAGCUUGUGGCAAUCGAACCGCUACGGCCAGCUUGGGAUGAUAUCGUCGCCCUUUCAAGGCGCGGAAUCGUAUAUCACACGCAGAUUUCGGCUCUCAACACCAGUCUCGCAGCCAUAGUCCACGGUGACGAGAUGAAUCGUGGCAAGGCCACUCGAUUAUUCUUCCCUCCCUACGUGCCGCCCGACACCCGGUCUUCGAUGCGAAACGACGAAUUUGAGCUUCGCUCGCAGUGUAUGGUUCACCUUUCGGAAACGGAGGAGACGCGGAACGAUCUCGGCGAGAGUGUUGGCACCAACAGCAUCUGCUUGUUCCUGUUCGAGCAAAACAACUCCAUGUCGUCCAGCGCAUGGGCCGGUGCUUCCACCCAGGAGAGCUCCGCAAGACAGCUCGGCCCAGGAAGCUUCCAGGGUUUCCCAGCCCACCAUUUCUUCGUGCGAGUUUUGCGGCACAAUGGGAUAUGCACAGCCCUUCUGAACCGCAAGAGCACGUUUCUCGCCGAGCCCGAGUGGACGAUGGUGCCGUGGGAAUCGCAUCCCAAGUCGGCGCUCGACCGGCUCUUCGACAUUCUCGCCCUUCUCCCCGGGCUGCUGGAGCGGGCGGACCGGAUAAUGGCGAGCGACCCGACGCUAGAGCGGCGGCUGCUCGCAAAGGAGCUGCUCACGAGCUGCCUGCAGGUAGAGGACCUCCUAAACGGGUGGUACCUGUCGAAUGACCCGUCGACGGCCUUCUGGGUGGACGAGAGCGGGGGCCUGGAGGCGCGGAUCCCGUUCGCGGACGCGCUCGCGUUCCGGGACGGGGCGACGGCGCUGGGGCUCUCGCACUACUGGGCGGCGCUCGUGUGCCUCUGGCCGUGCGUAGAGCGGCUGCACCAGGCCGUCUUCCAGCCGGUCCUGGACGAGUUCCCGCAGACGUUCCCGGACCUGUCGGGGGAGCUCCUGCACAUGGACCCGGCGCGGUACGCGGCCAAGGAGGCGCGCGAGCUGGCGGCGUGCGUCUGCCGCUCGCUCGACGGGACGCUCGCCGCCACGGUCCAGCCCGACCUCGCGGCCGUCCCGCUCGCCGUGGCUGAGGGCUUCUACAGGGAGCUCAACGCGACCACGGGCGACGGCUGCCUCGAGCUCAUAUGGUGCGAGGCCUUCAGGUCCCGGCUGGCCGCCAAGGGCCAGGAAAUUGCCGACGUGAUCCAAGGCCGGGACUGGGCGGAGCUGGCGCGCUUCUGACUCUUUUUAUUUUUUUAUUUUCUGUUGUUCCUCUGUCUCUUUCUUUCAUGCGUUCUGCUUCUUUUGUCGGUAUUUGCUUUCGCGGCCUUCCUGGGCCUUGGGCGAUGGCGAUAAGGGUGCACCGCCCAGAGCGUCACCCCGAACUCGACCUUGACAACCAUUUUAUCUAUCUUCUCUCGUGUUUAUUGCGGAUCGAAAAAGGGCUCGGUGGCUCAGCCAUGCAUACAAAGGACGCGGUUCUGGCUGGUUUUCAUAGUUAUCUGCGUGUCAAAGGUGGGCAUAUAAACGGACCAGGAAGGGGGGUGUCGGACAGAGCACAUAUGGAUCAAUCGUACUUCAACUCCUUUUUGUUUCCCUCUUGUUUUGUUUACCGUCGUGGCAAUGCCCCCCUGCCCAAGGGUUCUUCGUCUUCCAGGGCGGGGAGGGUGUCUGGGUGCACAUCGGGCAAUUCUCGCGCAACGCGGAGGGCUGGUCGAUCAGCAGUGUGGCGAGAUGCUCCACGAUCUAAAUGGGCUCGGUUCAGGGGAAAAGAGGGCGAUCAUCAUGGAUGGGGGACCCACCAGCAUUCAUGGCAUCAGAAAAGGAGGCCGCUCCACACUUUGCCAAGGCUUGCGAGGCUUAGGUUAUCUAUCGCCAACAAAUGUUUGAAUUCGAUUGUUCGGG